GAGAUAUUUGUGAGAUUAUCCAUUCCCGCCACGGCCAUCGACCCAGACAAUGAUGACGCUCUCGAUCCUCUCUGCUCAGCCGUCCGCACCACAACUUCCCGCCUCCUUUCCACCAAGCCCUAACCUUAGCCUAUCUCCACUUCCUUCCCUAACCUGCGCCCUCCAAUGCCAACACUUCCAAUCGUGCUCUGGUUGUACCCAAGAGCUCAAUCUCCACCGUCCGAUCAUUCUCGACGACGUCACCGACUUCUUCAACAACCACGGCGUUUCAGAUUUCACCUUUGAUAGCUGUAGACUGUGGGGGUGGAGAUGCCGAGCAAAACUCGCCGUUCGGGGUUCAUCAAACAGCCCUCUGAUUGGGCUCUAUCAGGAAAAUUCACACAACAUAGUUGAUAUUCCCCACUGUAAAGCUCAUCAUCCAAGCAUCAAUGCAACUGUUGAACUCUUAAAACAAGGUAUUACUCAUUUGAAGGUUGAACCUUAUGAUGAAGAUCAGGGGACAGGUGAGCUGCGAUAUGUUCAGAUGGCUGUGACCUUGAACAACACGUCCCUUCCUGCAUCACAAAGAUAUAGAAACGGUAAAGUACAGGUUACUUUGGUUUGGAAUUCAAGGAAUGAGAAUUCACCUAGUUCAGAAAAACUAAAAGCUUUGGCCAAUUUCCUAUGGAGAAAUGGUGGCCCAAGAAGCAAUGUCCAUUUGAUUCACUCAGUGUGGGCUAACUUCCAAACUUCAACCAACAAUAUAAUUUUUGGGAAUAGGUGGAGACAUCUUUUAGGAGAAAUAGACUUUUGGGAGCAUGUUGGAGGAAUUGAUAUCGCAUUGGCUCCAUCCAGUUUUGGCCAAGCAAAUACACGGGCUUUUGAUUCAUUGCUUCGCAAGUUACAAAAGUAUGUCCCAUAUGGAGCAGCAGUUGCUGAUUUGUAUGCCGGAGCUGGUGUGAUUGGAUUAUCAUUAGCUGCGACUAGAAAAUGCAGGUCUGUUAAAUGCAUUGAGAUCAACAAAGAGGCAAGGCUGUCUUUUGAGAAGACAGUUGGCCGCUUACCAAAGUCUAUAGAUACUACCAUCAGCUGGCAUCAUGCAGACACUUCAAUUGGACCUCUUUCUUGGCUAAUGGGAUCAGAUGUAGUUGUUGUUGACCCUCCUAGAAAGGGGCUGGAUCCAUCUCUGGUUGAUGCUCUACGGACUUUAUCAUUAGCUGAGAAAAGAGCAAUGUUAACUGAAAGGUCUUUUUCAAAGGUCAAGAAUGAAAAGAGACCAUGGAUUUUACGUGCAAGGGAAGCCUCAGUUCAGAUUGAAAGCAAAACAUCUCCGGAAGAGGGUCAAUCACUGCCUAAGACUCUUAUUUAUAUUAGUUGUGGAUGGGAAAGCUUCAAAGAGGAUUGUAAGUCAUUGUUGUCCCGUAAGGAAUGGCAUUUGGAUAAAGCCCAUGGUUUUAAUUUCUUCCCUGGCACCCAGAGCAUCGAGGUUUUGGCUGUGUUCAAAAGGGGCCCAGGAGCAGGUCUCAAGAAAAAGAAGUCAGGAAAGAAGAAGAAGAGACCCUUGUGAGGGAUAUUUUAGUUAUUGAUGUGGCGUUGGAGUUGAACAAAAUGAGCAACGGGACUAGAGAUUAGGUUGUGCCAGAGCAAAAGGAAUGAAGGAUUCUUUCAAUAUUUUACCACAGAAGAAAUACUAAAGAAUCACUGUGUGUUUUCUAGUGUUAUGAAAGAAGGAAUUUGUUGUUUAUUACUAACUGAAUGACUUGUAAAUAACAUUAAUUUUAAUGAACAAAAUUCUACACAAAUGUGGUAUCUUA